CAGCGGACCCGGCGGGACCGCCGCGGCCAUGGCGUCCCACCCCGUGCACGGCCUGCCCCUUCUCCCGGGCGCGUCCUUCAGGGACUCCACGAAAACAAACUUUCAUCGAUGCCAGACACUGGACUAUAGGAAUGGCUAUGCAGUUACUCGCCGUCCCACAGUUGGGAUUGGCGGGGACCGGCUCCAGUUCAACCAGCUGUCCCAGGCUGAACUGGAUGAGUUGGCCAACACGGCACCAGUUAUAACUUACGGCCAGCCAAAGCGGCCCCCACCUCCAGACUUUGUUCCUGCACAUGUGGCUUUUGACAAAAAGGUUCUGAAGUUCGAGGCGUAUUUCCAAGAGGAUGUCCCCAUGUCCAUGGAGGAGCACUACAGGAUCCGCCAGGUGAAGAUCUAUUACUACCUGGAAGAUGACAGCAUGUCCGUCGUGGAGCCCGUGGUGGAGAACUCCGGGGUCCCUCAGGGCAAGCUGAUCAAGCGCCAGCGGCUGGCCAAGAACGACGUGGGGGAGCACUACCACUGGAAGGACCUCAACCGAGGAAUCAACAUCACCGUUUACGGCAAGACUUUCCGCCUCGUCGACUGCGACCGGUUCACACAGGAUUUUUUGGAAAGUCAAGGAAUCGAACUAAAUCCGCCUGAGAAGAUGGCUCUGGAUCCUUACACUGAGCUCCGGAAACAGCCUGUGCGGAAGUACGUCACCCCUUCCGACUUCGAUCAGCUCAAACAGUUCCUAACCUUCGACAAACAGGUCCUCCGGUUCUAUGCCAUCUGGGACGACACCGACAGCCUGUUUGGGGAGUGUCGCAACUAUAUCAUUCACUACUACCUCAUGGAUGACACCGUGGAGAUCCGCGAGGUGCAUGAGCGGAACAACGGCAGAGAUCCCUUCCCACUCCUGAUGAACCGCCAGCGCAUGCCCAAGGUGCUGGUGAAGGACGCAAAGAACUUCCCCCAGUGCGUGCUGGAGAUCUCCGACCAGGAGGUGCUGGAGUGGUACACGGCCAAAGACUUCAUAGUGGGGAAGACCCUCACCAUCCUCGGGAGGAACUUCUUCAUCUACGACUGCGACCCAUUCACCCGCAAGUACUACAGAGAGAAGUUCGGCAUUAUGGACUUACCCCGGAUAGAUGUGAGCAAGAAGGAGCCACCCCCUGCGAAGAAGGAAUUGCCUCCCUAUAACGGCUAUGGACUAGUUGAAGACUCAGCCCAGAAUUGCUUUGCUCUCAUUCCAAAAGCCCCCCGAAAAGAUGUGAUUAAGAUGCUGAUAAAUGACAACAAAGUGCUUCGCUUCCUGGCCUCCCUGGAGUCCCCCAUCGCGGAGGACAAGGACCGCCGGUUCAUCUUCAGUUACUUUCUCGCUACCGACAUGAUUAGUAUCUUCGAGCCUCCUGUUCGGAAUUCCGGAAUCAUCGGGGGCAAGUACCUUGGCAGGACCCGGGUCGUGAAGCCGCACUCGACAGCGGACAACCCCAUCUACUACAGCCCUAGCGACCUCUACAUCGGGGCGGUCAUCGACGUGUUCGGGCACCGCUUCACCAUCCUGGACGCGGACGAGUACGUGCUGAAGUACAUGGAGAGCCACGCCGCCCAGUACUCGCCGGAGGCCCUGGCGUCGGCGCAGAGGCACCUGCAGAGGCCCGAGGCGCCCGCGCCCGGCGCGGGGAGCGAGCAAGCUCCAGAGGCUUCCCCGAUGCCGGAGAUGGAAGCGCUCAUCGGAACCCUCCAGAAGCAACUGAAAGGCCGUGCGUGCAGAGACGCCAUCUGCGAAGCGUUUCACAAGCACGACGCGGAGAGCUCGGGCUGCGUGCCCCGGGCGCUGUUCUUCAACAUCUGCGGCUCUCUGGACGUCCCGGUGGACGACUACCUGGUGAAGGAGCUCAUCAAAAUGUGCUCUCACGGAGACGGCAAGAUUGACUACUACAACUUCGUUCGUAUUUUCUCCGACUAAUGGGAUGGUGCAAGAAUGACUUACAGGUUCUCGACACCAGUC